AUGCUGGAUGAGCUUGAUAACGUCUUCGACGACCACCCGUCCUUGGACGCGUCGCUCGAGGAUUUCGAGAGCAACACAAACCCUCACAGGUCGCCCAUGUUCCAUCUGCCGUCCCAGCACUCGGGCUUCCGAUCUGAAGAGUCGGAUGGAGAAGAUGAACUGGAGGAUCCCGUGCAGGAGCGCUGGUCGCCUCCGGGUUUCCAACAUGAAUACGAAAAGGGCAGAGCAUGGUAUACUCACCAGCCCUACAUGCGCAAAGGUGAUCCCCACCUCAAGCCCACAGUCGGGCUUAGCGUCUCCCCGUCGCAAUCGCGUGAGCCCAGUCCACAGUAUGAGGACGCGCUCGAGGAUCCAGUGAAGAGAGGUGAUCGUGCGACCCCUGGUGACAUCUCUGUAGCGGCAAAUGUGCCUCUGCCGGCGGGUGCAGAUACCCCCCUCCAUGGACGAUCCCCCAGUCCACCCCCGGCCCCGAGUACGGAUCGCACCGCCCGCCCGAGUCCAGAGGACGACGGUUUUGGCGCCGAGAACUUGAGUAAUUACAUUCGCUUUGCAGUGCGUGCAGAAGUCCAGCACCGAGAACCGAUUGCUGCGAUAUUUGGCUAUUUGCGCUCAAAGUUUGAACGCAUGACCAGCUCCAAGUCUAACACUACAUUGUCUGUGAUCGUUCUCUUGCUCACCGUCGCGUUCAUGCGCGCCCUGGUCCUCCCAGGUCUUCCCCAGUCCAUCCCAGAUUUGGUCAAGCUCUCCGGGUUCGCGCGCUCCUUCGAGCCGCUCAUCUACUACUCGGAGAACGGCGUGCAACAAAUCGGCACGCUACAAGAAACAGGUGUCGCAGUCUGGGAUCUGAGCGAAUCAGUCCGCGGCACGAAUAUGACCAGCGCCCCGAUCAUCGUCCACCAGCUCGAUGAGCUCUCCGACUCCCUCAAGUCCCUCUCCCUGGAACUCACGCGCUUCUUCGCAAACGUCGAUUCCGAUAUCGACUCCAUUCUUAUAGUCAUGGACUGGGCGAAGCGCGAGCUCGAGACUUUAUCCGCCCAACCUCCUUCCUCUCUGCCAACCAUCGUCUUCGACAACAUGCACAACAUGCUCUCACGCCUCGGUGCACUGGAGAACUCCGUCUCAGAGGGUGUCCCAACAUCAACAACCCCCCUCGGCCAUCUAGUGAUGGCCGUCUUCGGGCCAACAUCCGCCCAGCGCACCCGCACAACCCUAACGCGCACCUUCACCGAAUUCCUCUCCGUGCUAGAAGAGUCCAUCAACAGUGAACUCACCCACUCAACCGCACUCUUCGCUCUAUUCGAAUCAAUAGACCGUCAAUUCCUGAACCUACAGCGCACCGUCGUCCGCGAAUCAGACGCCCAGGAGCGCGCCGAAGGUGAAAUGCUCUCAUCACUUUGGACGCGCGUGCUGGGCCCCGACGCCGUGGCAGUCCGCAAGUACGAGAAGAACAAGAAACUCCUGGCGAACGUGCGCUCCCGCACAGUCGCAAACAAGCACCUUCUCGUCGACCACCGCGGCCGACUCCUCACCCUCAAAGUGAAUCUCGAAACUCUGCGGAGAAAACUGGUCUCUCCGCUCGUGCGUCGCAAUGACUCCGUCAGCUUCGUGGGGUCAGUUGAUGGGAAUGGAAAUGGAAACUCAGGGCCUGGGCGGAUGCUCGGGCCUGUUGAGGCCGUUAUUGAUGGUCAGAUACGUGGGCUGGAGGGCACGUAUGAUUAUCUGCGGUCUGUGAGGGAGCGACAGAAAGCGAAGCUGAUGGAGAUGGUUUAUGGGGCAGGCAAGAGACCCAGUCAGGCGAUGAUUGACGGGCUGGACAGUGAUGAGUGA